CUUGCCAGAACGCCAAGAUGCAAGCUCACCUGAUCACAAUGCUGCCAGGAGCAGGAACGGCGAUUGCAUCCAGGGGACGUCACGUGUGUUGCUUCUUGUCUAGUGCUGUAGGGGAAGAGGUGCUCAGCACGACCAAUCGUGUCAUUAGCUGGCAAUAACAGCGCGCCACGCACAUCGGCCGUCGCGGGCCAUGGCGAGGGGUGACGCCAUCGUGCCGCAGCACGGGUCGGGGUUUCCGCUCCCAGACUAUGUACCCAUCCGACGAAACGAGUUUCUGGUGAAGCGGCCUGCAAAGCCGUCGGCGGCGGAAUCCGUGCAGUGCGAGUGCCACAAGGGCGCGGGGGGGCGGCAGAGCAAGAGCAUCACCGGCAGGGGGUGGAAGCGGCUGGUGGUGGAGGAGGAGGAGGACGAGGGGGAGGAGGAGGAGGAGGAGGAUGAAAAGGAGGAAGAGGAGGGAGGUGAUGAUGGGAGCUCAGACGAUGAUGCGAUGGGGGGGGGCGAUGGAGCAGAGGAGAGCGAGGAGGAGGAGGAGGAGGAGGAGGAGGAGCGAGAUGACGAGGAUUACGAAACGGAGGAGGAGGGGGAGGAGGAAGCGGAGGAUGAGGGAGAUGGCGAGUGGCGGGGAAGCAAGGGGAAGGCGAGCGCGAUCAAGACAAGCCAGCAGGGAGGGAAGGCGAAGAAGAGGCGGAAGCGGAGGCGAAGCUUGCCCAUCUGCGGCGAGACGUGUCUGUGCCGCAUUCUGCACGUGGCGUGCAGCCGGCACUGCGGCUGUGCGUCGUCGUGCCAGAACGCGCCCUUCCACCGCCGCCCCUCGCGCAAAGUCAAGCUCUGGCGGACGGAGAAGUGUGGGUGGGGCCUCAAGGCGAAUGAGGACCUACCCGCGGGCUGCUAUGUGAUGGAGUACGUGGGGCAAGUGAUAGACGACGCCACGUGCGAGCAGCGCCUGUGGGACAUGAAGGCCGCAGGCGAAACCGAUUUCUACCUCUGCGAGGUGAGCAGCAACUUGAUCAUCGACGCGCGCUACAAGGGCAACCUCUCGCGCUUCAUCAACCACUCCUGCAACCCCAACUGCGAGCUGCAGAAGUGGCAGAUGGAUGGGGAGGUGCGCAUAGGAGUGUGCACACUGCGGCCAGUGAGCAAGGGGCAGUUCCUCACCUACGACUAUCAGUUCAUAGGGUUCGAGCUGCAGCCCAAGGAGUGCCACUGCGGGGAGCCCAACUGCCGCCGCCUCCUCGCCACCCGCACCAUCUCCCCUUUCACCCUCCCCCUCCCCUUCCCCGCCCCCGCGCUGCCCCCUCUCCCCCCUCCGCCUGCCACCGCCCCCACACCUGCCACCCCCCCGCAUCCAGGGGGAACCUUCCCCUCUGGCGCUGCAGGGGAGAAGGGGAACCGCGGAGGCAGGGGGGGAAAGGGGUCUGGAGAGACGAGGGGAGGGAUGGGAAGGAAUGUGCUGGGCGUGCAUGUGAGAGCUGCAACAGGGGGCAGAGGAGGAGGCAGGGGCGGAGUGAAGGGGAGAGGAAGGGGAAGAGGGUUCUGUGUGGGGCAACAAAGAGCAGUGGGAGUGGGGAGAGUACGGGGGAGAGGGAGAGGGAGAGGAAGAGGGAGAGGGACAUGCAUAUGGGAGGUCGGAGGGCGGGGAAGCAGAGAGAUGGGUAGAGGCAGAGGGCAGGUGGGUAGAGGAAGGGGAGUGGGAGGCAAGAUGGGGAGUGGCAGAGGCAGUGCAAGGGGUGCUGCGCCGGUGAUCAAUGCUUGGCCGACAGGUGGAGGUUGGAGCAGCAGAGGCCGAGGCAGAGGUAGAGGGAGAGGGAGAGGCAAGCAGCCCAAGAGGCGGCAGCUGGCAGACCUGCACGCAGACGGAGACACUCUCGUGAAGGGAAGUGCUCCCCUUGACAGGGCGACGACUCUGGAAGUUACACAGGUGGCGGACGAGGAGGAAGAAGAGGAGGUGGAGGAGGAGGAGGAGGAGGAGGAGGAAGAGGAAUUGGAAGAGGAAGAGGAAGAGGAAGAGGAAGAGGAAGAGGAAGAGGAAGGAGAGGAAGAAGAGGAAGAGGAAGAGGAGGAGGAGGAGGAAGAAGAGGAGGAGGAGGAGGAGGAGCAGCAGCCUGGGGUCGAGCGUGGUGGGGAGGAGCGGCCCCCCAGCAGGCGCCUCAUUCCCGGGCCCGGCUGGACCCCGGUGCCGCUGCUGCAGAGCGCCAGGCGCCGGCGCCAGGCAAGGGGGGGCAGAGGGGUCGCGCGCAGUGUGGGGGGAGCCAGCACGGGGGAGGCAGCCUGGCGCAGUGGGGAGGGCGGUGGGGGGGAGGGCGGGCAGGUGAGGGCGCAGGAGGCGUCGUGUGUGACGUCGGUGGCUGCUGGGCGUGCUGCCAUGGCAGGGGGUGGGCUGCCUGGCGGGCAGGGGGGCGUGGGUGUGGGCAUUGGCAGGGAGUGGAUCUUGGGCUGUCCCGCCUCUCACUGCCACCUCUGUGCUGCUGCUGCUGCUGGUGCUGGUGGCUCCAACGCACCUGUUGCUGUUGCUGCUGACCCCUGUUCGCCUGGGGCUAAUGCUACCACUAAGCGUGCUGCUGCUGCUGCUGCUGCUGCUGCUGCUAUCGGAGCAGGAGGGGCAGGGGGUGGUGGAAGCGGAAGGGCACAAGAGGCUGGCGUUGGGUUGGAACAUAAUUUCGGGGGACAGCUUGCAGAAAGGGUGUACUCACGCAAGCGGCCUAGAGCGGAUGUGAUUGUAAAGAGAGAGCCGGAGGAGGCACAGGCAGAAGUGAGGGCCCGCUCUGGUGAGGGGAAGAGGGAAGGAGGUGAGGUGAAGGAGAGGGAAGGAGGUGAGGUGAAGGAGAGGGAAGAAGGUGAGGUGAAGGAACGUGAAGAGAAGGCGGCGGCAGAGCAGAGAGCGAUGAUGUAUGGCCGGGAAUACCAGAGGCGGAGGAAGCUGCCCCUGCGGGCAGGGCCUGCAGCUGAGGCUGAGCUGGUGCAUGAGAUGGCAGCAUGCGGGUGCAAUGCUGCACACGCAGCCGCUGGCAAGCACGCAGGAGAAAGGAGUCACGCAGUGUUAGGCCACGAGCAGAUGUGGGACAUGGCAGCAGAUCAACGGCCACGAUUGCACGGCGUGGCAUUGGAGGGAGCAGAUCAGACGGUGCCGAGGAGUGGGUGGCAGAAGCAGGCCCUCUCACUCUUCCCCCCCGUCCCUCGUGGCCCCGUUGCUUCAGACGAUGCAUGCGGUCACAUGCACGCGCAUACCGAUACCAAUACCCGCACCCAUGCCCAUGCCCAUGCCCAUGUUGAUGCACAUCCAUGUGGGCACAUCCCAACAGCAUGUGGUGUCGCCUACCCUGCAGCUUGCAUGCAUCAUCACACCCAUGCCCCAUACCACCACAUGCAUGGUCCUGCCAUGGCGAACGGCCUCUGCUGCACCCACCAUUUAUCUGCGGUGCACAUGUGCGCACAUGCCAUGGCCUGCCCAGUAGCAGCCCAGGCAUGUGCAGAGGGCGUGGCAGCAGGGAGGGGUGUGACUCCAGACGACGUGCCUGAAAGGGGGUCCGCCACCGGCAAUGGGGUGGUGGCAGUGGGUGCACACGUGGACACUGCUGGUUGGACUGACGUGACACGUCAGGAGAGGGAAGGAGGUGCGGAAGAGGAAGGAUUUCGCAGUGGAGAAGGGAGAGGGGGGCUAGGGAGGGGGGAAGGAACGAGAAGAGGCCGAGGAGGGAGAGGCGGGAGAGGAGCGAGGGGAGGCAGGGGAGGCAGGGGGGGUGGGAGAGGAGGGAGGGGGGACAGAUGCAGCAGUGGGAGGGAGGGGGAGGCCACAGCUGCCAGGCGGGCUGGCAUUGUUGCUGCUGCGGGUGGUGCUGCUGCUGGUGCUCGUGGUGCUGCCAGUGGUGCUGCCGUUGGUAACAAGGGAAGGGGUGGGGGCAUGGCAGGCGUUGGCCCAGCAGCAGGGGCGGGUAGAGGGAGCAGCAGCAGCAGCAGGAGGGCGGCAGCGAGGGUGGUAGCAGCAGCGAUGACCCGCGUGGUGAGGGGGGGAAGGGGAGGCAGGGGAGGGAGGGGAGGGAGGGGGGGUGUUGUGGUAGCAGAGAGCAGCGGAGUGGCAACAGAGAGGAACGGUAUCGGCAGUGUGGGCACAAGGGGAGGAGGGAGAGUCGGGCGGGGGCGGGGGAGGAGGCGCGGCGGAGCAUGGGGGGUUGGCGGGGGGGGUGAGGAGGGCGAGCGGCUGCGCGACGCCAUGCUGGAGCGGCUGAGCCAGGCGCUGGUGGGGCAGCGCGUGCAGCUCUGGUGGCCGCUGGAACAGAGGUUCUUUUCGGGAACGGUGAUUGGCUUCGACCCUGCCACCAUGAAGCACCAUGUGCGGUACGACGACGGUGACGAGGAGCACGUGGUGCUGGGGCGCGAGCAGUGGCAGCUCGAGCCUUCACAGCCGGGCAGGGGCGCCAGAGGGGGCGAGGGGGGGGCCUCCAAGGGGAGGGACGCGGGGGAAGCUGGAGGGCCAGCAGAGGAUGGGGCGGAGGGCGAGGGCGCAGGGGAGAGUGCGGGUGGGAGAGGCAGGGGGGCGAAGCGGGGGAGUGGGUCAGGAGCUGCUGCUGCCACUCCUGCUGCGCGCGGCACAGCGGGGGUUGCUACUGCUGCCAAGGGCAAGAGGCUCCCUGAUGGUGCAGCCUUCCCAAGCCUAGCGGAUGCGCCGAAGCUGUUUGGCUCGGCGCAGCGGCCAGGUUCGGGACUGAGCCGGGCGGAGCAGGAGGCGGUGGCCCGGCAGCAGGCCAUGGUGGGGCGGCGGGUGGAGGUGUGGUGGCCGCUGGAGCAGAAGUUCUUCAAAGGGGUCAUCGCGGCCUUCGACACGUCCACUCGCAAGCACAGGGUGGCAUACGACGAUGGUGACGUGGAGCACAUGUCACUGCGUGCGGAGCGGUGGCGCUAUGAGAGACAAACAGUGCCGCCCACUGCCUGCUACUCACUGCCCUUCUCGUGGCGCUCUGAGCCGCUGACGCACCGCGCAGUGCGCGACCUGCAGGGCGAGCAGAUCAGGAUCUGGGCGCCGCUGCUCCACAGGUUCCGCAACGGCACGGUGCUGUCAGUGGCGCACAGCAAGUUCACCAUCGAGUUUCUGUACGACGACGGGGAGAUCGCAGUGCUGGACCUCUCUCAGUGCCGCUGGGAGCUCGUAGAUUCCGACUAACUCACCCUCCCUUGAGUGUGCAUGGCGCACAACCCUUAUACACUAUAUGGGCACACACAUACACUCACUCAUCCACAAGGCACUUGCGCACACCAGACUUGUGGGACUCAAUAACAGGAUUAUUGUUUUGUGUUCUCCAAUAUGAGAGCUCAGCCUGUGUUGUCCAUGUUUGCAGAUUGUAAUCAAACUAAUCAUUUAACAAAAAUAAUAAAGCGAG